UACAAAUUUACAUUUUCAGCAUACGAUUGUCAUAUUGACAAUCACCAGAAUCAAGUGAAUCUACAUCAACAGAUUCAUUUGAUUUGUUCAUUUGGUGACCCCGACGUGAUGAAUUGACAUUCACCACAAAAUCAAGUGAAUCUACAUCAACAGAUUCAUUUGAUUUACUCAUUUGGUGACCCCCGACUUUUUGGACACUUUACCGUUCAUCUGGAUUGUUGUUCCCGAUUUGGAACUUGGAUUUAUUUGGAAAAUCCUACAUAAUUGGUCAACUUGGCGACCAAUUUACAUACAUACAACAACACUCACAGUUGUGAUUUAAAACCUUCGGUGAAGGAAAACGUAAUUGGAGUUAUUUGGAUCUAACUCAACCAUCACAGUCAACUUGGCGACUAAGGUUGAAUUGGAAAUAAGAAUUCCAGUGUCAUAAAUAUUUAUUGAGAUACUUUGACCAUCUUCGUGGUUACCUCCAAAAAACAAAUUACCUCCAUCGGGUCAAAGUAUUAAAAUAAAUAAAAUAAAAUGGCAUCAUCAAGCAUUAAUGUUAUGCUAGACAGGCAGCUUGCCACAGGCGAAGAGAUUCAGAGCCUGGUACGAAAUUAUAAAAAGGAUUCUGUUGAAAGGAAGCAGAAACCAGAAUAUUUUAAAUCCCGCAUUGAGAACCUAUCAAAGCUCUGGGACGCAUUUUCAAAGGAGGAAUGUAACAUCAAAAAAAUAACUCAAAGCUCAAAAAUUGAGCACAGUUAUUUCUCUAACGAAUAUUUCAAACACACAAAAGAGUUGGUCGUCAGAUAUAAAGACGAAUUUACAAAGCAGUUAGCUGCACUAGAAAUGGAUAUAGAUACAGGAUCCAUUACAUCUAUGGAGAGUGAGCCUGAAAUAGAGCCCAUGAUCCGAGAACAAAAGGUGCUGCUUGAAAGUCUAGAGCGCAUCAUGAACAGAAUGACGAAUGAGACGCGAAAGGACUUCAAACCAAUAAUAAUCAAAUAUUGGGAUGAGAUUAGAGCGAUCCACGUUCAAAUUUAUAAAAAAUGCAUUGAUCCUGUGAAAAUGGGAUAUAACAUUAACAGUUACAUUGCAGCUGAAGAUGCAGUAGUAACAGUCCAAACAAUGACUGAAGCAGACGCUGUUCAACAAAUUAUCGCUGCUCCACAUAUGCAUAAUGCAUUACCCCUGCCUAAGGUUGCUAUCCCUAAAUUUGAUGGUGACUACUUAAAAUGGCUAUAAUUUCAUGACAUUUUUAAACAAAUGAUUCAUGAAGCAUCGGUACCCGUCAUUCAGAAGAUGUGGUAUUUAAAAACCAAUGUUACGGGAGAAGCGGAAAAUUUAAUACGCCACCUUUCGCUAACAGAAAAUAAUUACACAACGGCAUGGAACAUGCUUCAAGAGCGUUUCAGCAACAAAAGAGUGCUUAGUAACGCAUUAAUUCAAAAAUUAUUGGAUCAACCAAGCACUUCCAAUGAUGCAAAGUCCAUUAAGGCUUUGCACGAUAAUGUAAAGGAAACAUUAUCAGCACUCAAUAACAUAAAUAUAGAGACAGCUGGAUGGGAUCCGAUUCUUCUAUGUGUUUUGACAAAAAAGUUAGAUCGUCAGACUCACACUUUGUAUGAACAAUCCAUACAAAGUACAAAGAAAUUACAGCCUUUGAGCGAAUUAAUGAAAUGUCUCGAACAAAGGUUCCUUACCUUGGAAGCCAUUGGAUGGGAAAAAACAAAGAAACCCAUCACAUGUGCCUCAGCAGGAACUGAAAGUCAGUAUGUCUGCAACUUUUGUGAAAAGCCAAAUCACGCUAUUUACAAAUGCACGCAGUUUUUAAAAAAAACUGUCGCAGAGCGGUUAAAUUGGGUUCAAAAGAACCAACUUUGCGUCAAAUGUUUCAAACGCGAUCACACUGCAAAGAAUUGCCAAAGAAGAGAUUGUGUUAAGUGCAAUAAAGGACACAACACUCUACUACAUUUGGAAAUCAAGUCUGAAGCCAAAACUGCAGCAUCAGCAAAUAGUAGUCAAAACACUUAUGUAUUACUAGCUACUGCUCUUGUUACAAUAAAAGGCAACAAUGGACAAAUGGGUGAAUUUAGAGCCCUACUUGAUUCAGGCUCUCAAGUCAAUGUGAUUUCUGAAAGAGCAUUGAAAAUAUUAGAUCUGAAAGUCACAAAAUCAGAACUACAAAUAAAUGGAAUUGGCGGACGAACACAAACGUCAAAAGCAAGAGUCAAUGUUAUGCUUACUUCACAAGAUAACAAGUUUAAUACAAGACUAGAAGCAAUAGUAUUGACACACAUAGUGGCAGAUCAACCAGCACAGUCAAUUGAUACGUCUCGUUGGAAGCUUCCGAAAAAUAUCACUUUGGCGGAUCCCAACUUUGACAAGACUGGAAGAAUAGACAUACUGUUGGGAGCAGAACAUUACUUCGAAAUCAUGCAAGACAAGCAUGUAUCAAUUGGAAAAGGAUUGCCCAGGCUACAGGAAACAAAACUAGGCUGGAUAGUGGCUGGCAAGUUAAGACAGGAGUCAAAGAGCCAAAGCACGUGUGCAGUUUUGACUGAGGAGGACAAGGUGGAUCAGCAAAUCUCCAAGUUUUGGGAAUUGGAUUCAUUCCCGAGCAACACACCAUGCUUAUCCCCUCUAGAGAAGCGAUGUGAGCAAUAUUUUGUUCAAAAUAUUCAAAUGGCAUGUGACAAGAAAUUCAUUGUCAGAAUCCCAUUUUUGGAAGAUGCUUCUUCCCUAGGGGAGAGCCGUGAUUUGGCUACACGUCGACUUUUUUGCCUGGAAAAACGACUGUCACGAGAUCCGGAAACCAAGGCAAGCUAUGUGCAAUUCAUGAAAGAAUAUGAGGCACUUGGGCAUAUGAAGGAAAUGCACACUAAGGAAAUAGCACGAUCACGUUAUUUUAUUCCACAUCACUGUGUGAUGAAACCUGACAGCUCUACAACAAAAUUGAGAGUUGUCUUUGAUGCUUCUGCUGUUACGUCGUCCGGCAAAUCACUCAACGAUUUGAUGCAUAAAGGUCCGACUGUGCAAAGUUCGAUAUUUUCAAUAUUGCUUCGAUUCCGGAUGCACAAAUAUGUAUUUACGGCAGACAUCGAAAAAAUGUAUCGUCAGAUCUGGGUCAAUCCUGAGGACCAGUACUAUCAAACAAUUGUAUGGCGAAAUGAUCCAUCAGAAGAUCUGAGAAAUUACAGACUCAAAACUGUAACAUACGGAGCUAAGGCAGCUCCAUAUUUAGCCACAAAAUGCCUACAAUAUCUUGCUCAAAAGGGCAAGAGAGAAUACCCGGCUGGAGCUGAUGCCGAAGGAAGACAUGAUUCCAAAUGUACAACUGGAGGAUACCACUUAUGAAGACUGCAGCGUGAAGACCCUGGGAAUAACGUGGAUGCCUAAAUCCGACCAUUUCUGUGGAAAAACGGAGAUUGCCACUAAGGAAACAAUAUCCAGAAGAGAUGUCGUAUCCGAAAUUUUUAGGAUCUUCGAUCCGCUUGGAUUGUUUUCACCCGUUGUUAUGAAAGCAAAAAUCUUUAUGCAGCAUCUCACAAAGGAAGGUUUUGACUACAAAGAAGCGCUUCCAGUUCAUCUCCAGGAGGAAUGGAAAAGAACAGGGAGGAGUUAAAAUUAUUAAACUCCAUACAAGUACCACGUCAUAUAUUCCAAGGACAAAUUCCGAUAUCAUCGGAGAUACAUACCUUUGUUGACGCAUCGGAGAAAGCAUUUGGAGCUGCAGUAUAUAUCCGAGCCAUACAUAAGGAUAAGCGGGCAACGAUUCAAUUGUUAUGUGCCAAAUCACAUUUAGCGCCCAUCAAUGCAUUAACAUUACCCCGUUUGGAACUAAAAGCGGCGGUGUUAGGUGCUCAAUUGACAGCAAAAGUAAAGGAAGAGUUAUCAAUGGAAGAUGCAUCAACCUUCUUUUGGUCUGACUCAAGGAUCGUAUUGUCAUGGAUUAACUGCUCGUCAUCCAUCCGAGACAAAUUCGUAGCUACAAGAAUAGCUACGAUUCAAGAAUUGACGAUACAAAGACAGUGGAGGCAUGUCUCAUCCGAAAAUAAUGCAGCAGAUGUACUCUCCAGCGUUUCAGCAACA